AUGGCCGAGGCGCGCCGCCGCAACUGCGACACGGAAUCGGUGCUGCUGGACACCUACCAGGUUUCCAAAGCGGAUAUCGGGCGGGCGCUAAGCCAGCAUUACGGCUGCCCAUUCGUGGCCUACGACGAGCGGGCGGCGGUCGAUGCCGGCCUGCUGAGAGGGCUGAACGUCGACUACCUGCGGAUGAAUUACUGGAUGCCGCUGCGGCGCGCCGGAGACCACCUCGAGGUGCUGAUCGACAACCCCAGGGACGCGGCGAAGAUCGAGCACAUCCGCGGGCUGUUGCCCGGCGCCAGCCUGCGCUGGAUGGUGGCGCUGCGGCAGGACAUCGCGCGCUUUCUGCAGCGCGCCAGCAGCCAACAGGGCGGAUUCGGCGGCAUCGAGGACAUCCUGGGCGAGUUGCACGACAGCACGCCGUUGCCGCAGGACGACGAGCCCGCCGGUGGCCUGCGCGAGGACGACAGCGUCAUCGUGCGGCUGGGCAACCAGAUCAUUUUGGAUGCGCACGUGCAGGGGGCGUCGGACAUUCACAUCGAGCCGUACGCGGCGCGUCACGACACCGUGGUGCGGCUGCGCAUCGACGGGCACUGCCGGGAGUACCAGCGCAUUCCGCCGAGCUACCGGCGCGCCCUGGUGUCGCGGCUGAAGAUCAUGGCGCGCCUCGACAUCGCCGAGCGCCGCAAGCCGCAAGAUGGCAAAAUCCAAUUCCGCCUGCCCACCGGACGGGACAUCGAACUGCGGGUCGCCACGAUGCCGGUGGCCAGUGGCGAUGAGGACGUGGUGUUGCGCAUUCUGACCGCCAGCGAGCCAUUGCCGCUGUCGGCCCUGCACAUGACGCCGCACAAUCUGGAGAGAUUCGAGACGGCUAUCCGCAAGCCUUACGGCCUCGUCCUGGCAGUCGGGCCGACCGGCUCCGGCAAGACCACCACGCUGCAUGCCGCGCUCGGCGCCAUCAACGAACCGUCGCGCAAGAUCUGGACGGCGGAGGACCCGGUUGAAAUCACCCAAUACGGCCUGCGGCAGGUGCAGGUUCAGCCGCGCAUCGGCUUCACCUUCGCGGCUGCCAUGCGGUCAUUUCUGCGCGCCGACCCGGAUAUCAUCAUGGUCGGCGAGAUGCGCGACGCCGAGACCGCUCACAUCGGCAUCGAAGCAUCGCUGACCGGGCACUUGGUGUUUUCGACGCUGCACACCAACAGCGCCUCGGAAACGGUGACGCGGCUGCUGGACAUCGGGCUUGAUCCGUUCAAUUUCGCCGACGCGCUGGUGGCGGUGCUGGCGCAGCGGCUGGUGCGCACCCUCUGCCCGGCGUGUAAAGAGGCGUAUCAGCCGGACGAGGCGGCGUGGGCGGCACUGCGGCAGGCGUAUGGCGAAGGGGCCUUUGCCGACCUGGAUUUGCCAGGUUCGGCGGACGCCACGCUGUACCGCGCCAAGGGCUGCGAGGUGUGCCAGGGGCUGGGCUACAAAGGCCGCGUGGGCGGUGCACGAACUGUUGGUGGCGAGUGA